AUGCCUCAACAACAGCAGGUGAAUAUGGGUUUAUUUUGUGUUCCUGACAAGCUUAAAAAUACGAUAAAGAAAUAUAAACACAAAUUUUAUGACCAGUAUGACUCAAUAUUGUCGGCUCAAACUGGAGGAAAGGAAAGCAAGAAAUCAUCAUUAAAUGUUUUGCCAGGGGAUCACAUUCUUGAUCUUUGUGCUGCUCCAGGUGCAAAAUUAUGCAUGCUUGCUGAACUUCUUGGCAGCUCAGGUUCGCUAACUGGAGUGGACAUUGCAAAAAGCCGUCUGGCUGCAUGCAGGACAAUGUUACGAAAAUAUGCAUUGGGAGGUCGUUGUAGGCUUUUUGUAGCAGAUGGAACAACGUUUUCCCUUUUGCCUUUGGGAACUUGCACAGAGAACCAACCAGAAUUAGAAAAUGGUGAUUGUAGAGGAAAGAAAGAUGUUUAUCAGGAAUGGUCAUCUAGAGUACCUUGGAGUGAAAGAAGAAAGUCUAAAGAUACUAACAGAAUCCAAUUGAAUGUGACUUCCAAAGCCAAUACAUGUGAAUUGAUCUUCUAUGGAAAGCAUUCUGGAGUAAUUGGACUAAGAAAUGAGCAGUUGUUUCAAACUGGAAAAGAAGAGGCUAAUGAUGGUGGAUAUGACAAGGUCUUGGUUGAUGCUGAGUGCACACAUGAUGGGUCUGUUAAGCACAUCCUCAAGUUUGAAGAUUGGGGAUGGGACACUCUUCAAAGAAGACUGUUGGAUUCAGAAAGAAUUGGUUCAUUGACUCAACUCCAGUUACAGCUUCUUACUAAUGGUUUUAGAUUGCUUAAAGUCGGAGGGUCACUUGUGUAUAGCACGUGCAGCUUGACUGUUGCUCAAAAUGAAGAUGUGGUCGAGCAGUUUCUUUCAAACAAUCCUUCUGCUGAGCUGCAAGAUAUUCGUGCUGCAGAGGGUUGGCCUUGUAGGAGUGGAAGGAUUCCAAGGACGAUAAGAUUUGAUACCUGCACAUCCCGAACAAGUGGGCUAUUUAUUGCCAAGAUCGUGAAAUUGUUCUAAGAC